GUGUGUGUAAGGAAGACAAAAUGAACAACCUUCACGUAAUAAUCCAUUGUUUCAAGAAACAAUCUCAAUCUUUCUUGUUCUUGGUUCUUGUUUAACUCGUUAUCUUUCCCCUCUAUCUCUUAACAACAACUCAAUCUGUUCCUUUUUUUGUGUGUCUCUGUCUCUCUAUUACCAAGUUUUGUCUGUCAAUUUUAAGUUCUGUAAAAGAAAGAAGAAACAAAAACGAAUUCUCUAACCGUUAAAACAAUACCAUUAUUUUUCUUGUUCUUGUUUUUUUGAUAAAGAUACAACAAGAAAGAAUAUAGAAAGAGAAAAAGAAAGAUAAUUUAUUAUGGGGGCGGUUUUUCCCGCCGGAAUUCUGAUCGCCGCCGUGCUUUUACCGGCGACAGUGGUUCUUUGUUAUUCUUUUCCUACAAUGCUUACCUUGGAGAGAGGGAUUCCAGCGAGUCAUAAGCUAGAGUUAAGUCAGCUUAAGGAGAGAGAUAGUUUUAGACAUAGAAGAAUAUUGCAGUCUACUACAAGUGGGGGAGUUGUUGAUUUUCCAGUUCAAGGCACUUUUAAUCCUUUUCUUGUUGGGCUUUAUUUUACAAGAGUACAAUUGGGCUCUCCUCCAAAAGAUUUCUAUGUACAAAUAGAUACUGGGAGUGAUGUUCUCUGGGUUAGUUGCAGCUCCUGUAAUGGUUGCCCUGUUACUAGUGGACUCCAAAUUCCACUCACUUUCUUUGAUCCGGGAAGCUCUACAACAGCUGCAUUGGUCUCUUGUUCAGAUCAACGUUGCACUGCUGGAAUUCAAUCAUCAGAUUCUCUAUGUUCUUCUAGAACUAAUCAGUGUGGUUAUACAUUCCAAUAUGGGGAUGGUAGUGGCACUUCAGGCUAUUAUGUGGCCGAUCUAAUGCAUCUUGAUACAGUUCUUAGUGGGUCUGUGACUAAUAAUUCUUCAGCUCCUGUUGUCUUCGGGUGUAGCACAUUACAAACUGGGGACUUGACAAAGUCUGAUAGAGCAGUUGACGGGAUCUUUGGUUUUGGCCAACAAGAAAUGUCCGUCAUCUCCCAGCUAGCUUCACAGGGAAUAACACCAAGGGUCUUCUCCCACUGUUUGAAAGGAGACGACUCUGGUGGCGGCGUGUUGGUUCUUGGAGAAAUUGUGGAGCCAAAUAUCGUUUAUACUCCACUUGUCCCAUCACAGCCUCAUUAUAAUUUAUACCUUCAGAGCAUUUCUGUUGCUGGCCAAACUUUGGCCAUUGAUCCAUCAGUUUUUGGAGCAUCGAGCAAUCAAGGAACAAUAGUUGAUUCUGGAACAACCUUGGCAUACCUUGCAGAAGGAGCUUAUGAUCCUUUUGUCAGUGCUCUGAAGUGUUCAGUUCUUCUUACGCAGAUUACAAGCGUUGUUUCACUAAAUGCCCGCACAUAUCUUUCCAAAGGAAAUCAGUGUUAUCUAGUCACCUCCAGUGUUAAUGAUGUAUUUCCUCAAGUUAGUUUAAACUUUGCUGGCGGUGCAUCAUUGAUUUUAAAUCCUCAGGACUACCUUCUGCAGCAAAAUUCGGUAGGUGGAGCUGCAGUGUGGUGUGUUGGUUUUCAAAAAACUCCAGGUCAACAGAUAACUAUCCUAGGAGAUCUUGUUCUUAAAGACAAAAUAUUUGUUUAUGAUAUUGCUAAUCAACGGGUUGGAUGGACUAAUUAUGAUUGUUCGAUGUCAGUGAAUGUCUCUACGACUACAAAUACCGGCAAAAGCGAGUUUGUCAAUGCAGGAGAGUUCAGUAACAACAAUUCACCAAGGAAUGUGCCUUACAAUCUGAUACUAAUAAUAACCAUGACAGUUCUCCUUCUGCAUAUGUCUACUCUGGGCCGUGGUCAUCUGUUUUCAUAGCAUAUUCUGAACUUCUAUUCUUUCUUUCAUUGUAAUUGCUCUUGCCGGUUUAUAUUUGUCGCGACCCGCAGAGCCAUGCCACUCAUAGUUCAGUCAGGGCUGGCGGCUGCUUGGUGUGCUUUGUAACUGAUUUUUUUUCCUUGAGAAUAUAAUGUCCCAUCAGCCCUGUAAUACUGAGACUUGCUUGCUGUAGGAGUCCGUCUUUUGAGAGCUUUGUAAAUUACAUUGCAUACAGGAUCAAUGAUGUAACAGUAGAAUGAAUUUAUAGAAAUUUCUUAGCUUCCUUA